GGCUGAGCCGUCUGGCUGGGGGAAAGGGGUGAGGAGGGGAGAAACGCGUCCCUGCUUCCAGCAGGGAUCGCUUUGCCAGCUGGGCUCGCCCUCUGGAAGCCGGUCACUGCUCCGGACAUCUUCACGGCUCUUGGAGCAGUGCAAAGAAACGUCAGAGAGGGAUAUUUUUAGAUGCUUUUUAUGCUCAGAGAGCAAAAGCACGCUGUGGUUUAAAGGCCAUUAGCUUGCCGGGGAUGUUUGAAAAACUUAAAUAAGGGCUGAAGGUUCAGGGAGAUGUUUGACAUGACAUUUCUGCAGAGAUGAUGGCAAGUUUUGGGCCGAGCAGCAUAGUGGAGACCCCAGGAGAAGCCUGCCCAUGGGAUUGCCAGAACCGGGCAGCCUGGCCCGUUUAGCCGCCACGUGGGCAACCAGCGGGGCCCCGGCGGGCAAUCCUCCAAGCGGGCACAUUCGCGUUGUUCGCGGGGUGACAUCUGUCGUAACGGCUGCGGAGGCGCGGGAAGAGACCGGACGAGAGAUCCGCAUGUCAGACCAGAACAGCACCGACGAUGGGGAGUCAGACCCCCAGCACAGCCUGUCUAUGGUCUUCCUCCUCGUCCUUGUCUUCUUCAUCAUGGGGCUGGUGGGUUUCCUGAUCUGCCAUGUCCUGAAGAAGAAGGGUUACCGGUGCCGGACUUUCCGGGACGAGCUUGACCCAGAUAACAAAGAUGUGCUGGCGGAGCUCCAGGCCAAUGAAGAGGAGGAGCUGAACGAAGACACUGUGGAGAAGAUUGUGAGAUGCAUCAUCCAAAAUGAAGCAAAUGCAGAGGCCCUCAAGGAGAUGCUGGGGGACAAUGAAGGGGACAUCCCAGUGCCAGUGCCCAGCCUUUGUCCUCACCGUAAUAGCCAGGACGGGGGCCCACCACAUCACCACACAGUGCAUCUGGGCUCCACGCAGGCCCCCUGCAUCCACUGCAGCAAGAGGAAGAGGCACCCACUGCAUCGGCAAGGACGGUCCAAGGAUGGCAAAGGCAGGAUGCAUCCUGGAGAGACCACCGUCUUCUCAGUGGGCAGGUUUCGUGUCACACACAUUGGGAAGAAACCCACUUUCCAUGAGCAGCAGGACGGUCCCCUGCCCGACGGCAGCCGGGAGCCGAGCACGGAGGAGCUGGAGCACAGCAGCGACCGGCUCCAGCGGGAUCGGGCUCGCAAUGGGACUGUCCCCACGGGCGGCCUGCAGAACGGAGCCGUCCAGAGGGGUGCCCAGAGUGGGAAAGGUGGGGAGCAGAGCCGCUCCACCACCCCAGCCCCCAACACACCAGCCAGCUCCGGCACUCGUGACAGCAGACGGGCAGGCAAGGCGUCCGGCGCGGCAGGCUCGCUGCAGGAUGCCAGCACUGCUCCCGGGAGCACGAGCCGGCAGCGGAAGCUCCUGAGCCAUCGGGUGCUGGGAGGGUCGAGUCCCAGCAUCCCAGGAGAGCUGGUGCAGGAAGGAGCCAGCAUCUGCCUGGAGGAAACCGGACUGGGGUCAGCCGAUGAGGUGUCAGAUAUUCACGGGAGUCUGAGUCUGCACGAACAGGCUGAUGAGUUGGAAAGAGAGGACAGCAGCAGAAAACAGCCCGGAGCAGCGGUCACGGGGCAGCAGGAGCCCAGUGUCGAGGUGCAGGACCGAGGAGCAACCGUGUGAUCUCCUCUCCACUCCCGGCAGGAGGACGGAGGUGCGCGGCCCCUGGCCCCCACACUGGGCUGGGGACUCUGCUGUGGGGGGACCGCAGGGCAGCCGGCCCCGGGCGAGCAGCUACGCGCUUGGCAUGGCCGGAGCAACGUUCCGACGUUACAGACAACCGCGCUCGGCGCCAGACCUCAUCCCAUUGGCAAUAGGUACCUGACUCCCACCCACUGCACCUACCCUGGAAACCCCCCCCGGGGGACCCUUGGGCCUGGCAGGGGCAGGACAGCACCCGGUCCCCACUGCCCACCUGGACCCCGCAGCCCCCCGACGCUGGGGGCAGGAUGCAUCGGAUGGGGCUGCAGCGAGGGGCAGGGACAGAGGCAGUGGCUUGAGUUCCGAGUUCCCCUGGGGUGGGGGGCAGCACCCCCCCCCCACCCGGCACGUUCACCGCAGAGCACAGCCCCGUCCCGGGCACCCCCCUGCCACGCAGAGUGGUCACGGGCACAAAUCCUGCGCUGGUGAGGGACCCCGCAGGUCCCUGGGAGAUGCUGGCAGAGAGGAGCAUCCAGCCCCGUCCCAGCACAGGAGGGGCCGGAGCCCGGCCCUGGGGGCAGGAUGGCACCCAGCUGGGUCAGCGGGCAGCCCUAGUGCCUGUGGCGAGCUUUGGUGUGUAACCGCACUGUACAUAGACAAGCUAAAACCAUUAAAGCUGCUGAACCCCU